UUUUAAUGGACGUGCCGCAUUGAAGACUUGUAAGUAAACGCCCACUGCUAUGAUUGGAUAGCAGUUUGCGUAGUAAACUUAGUUGGAGCCUUCUGUGAAUUUGAUAAAACACGUAACGUUAGGUUACACAUUAUCAGGACACAUCAAGCGUUCUCUAACAAAGCAAUAGUGACGCAUAGUGGAAAUAUAUUGUCACGGGUGGAGUGAGAAUACGAACACAAAGAUGAGGAAACGAUCGCACUUCAGUCGGAACUGGAGGCUGUGGAGAAGCAGAUCCAGGAUCUACUAGAGAAGCAGACACGGCUGUGAGAACGUAAAAUGGUGCUGGAAACAUCCAGAGCUGACGCUCGCAAAUCCGCGGUAAGUUUUCAUCGCGAUUUUAAUACUCCUUCCACUUCUACACCGCGUGUUUCUCUGCACAGAGCCCAGGCUUCGAGAACACGGUCAGCCCAAAUGAACUUCACUCCUGCACCGGCACACCCACGGCGAAAGGCGCGAGCCAGGACUGGAGCGAUGACCCAACCGCCGCCACCGGUCUUCGAGAUCCCGACCAGGAACCGCUUUGCCGCACUCUGCGAAACGGAAUGCAACGCUGUGGUCAUCGGAGACUCAAUCGUCCGGAACUUACGCGCUUCCUCCACUAAAGGUAAGGUGCGCACUCAUUGUUUUCCUGGCGCCCGUGUUUUUGAUGUCUCUGCGCAGGUACGUGCGAUCCUGAAGGACGAUGCUAACGUCGGAGCUGUCGUGCUGCAUGCGGGGGUGAAUGACGUCAGGAUGCGGCAGUCGGAGAUCCUGAAGAGGGACUUCAGGAGUCUGAUCGAGACGGUACGCAACGCAUCGCCCACGGCGAGGAUCAUCGUAUCAGGGCCGCUUCCUACCUACCGACGAGGGAAUGAAAAGUUCAGUAGACUAUAUGCUCUAAAUAAAUGGUUGAUGUCAUGGUGUAUUGAACAGAAGCUGCUCUUUGUUGAUAAUUUUGAUCUGUUCUGGGAGCGACCUAGGCUCUUCAGCCCUGACGGCCUGCAACCCAGCAGCAUCGGAGCGGAUCUUCUGUCUGUCAACAUCUCAAAGACGCUACGCACCGCUUGACUACGUCUCCCAGCGGUAAGUCAAAACUUUAACCAUAGUCUGUGUUCCUCCCACUCAUCUGUUAUAAAUGUUACUGCUUCCAAAUGCAUAGAGACUGUGUCUCUCCCCCGAAUAAUACUACAAAAUAACAAAAUAGCCAAAUCUCAGAGAAAAAAUCUAAUCGUGAUUAAACCUGAGGACAAUGUAAUAAACGACCAAAACAAACUCAAAGUUCGGCCUACUUAAUUAAUCUAGGCCAUGUCCCAGGAACCUUUAAACUGGCCGUCAUUAAGCCUCUUAUCAAGAAACCAAACUUAGAUCCCAAUGAACUAGGAAACUAUAGACAGAUUUCAAAUCUCCCUUACCCGUCUAAAAUACUAGAAAAAGUAGUGUCCACUCAGUUGUGCUCUUUCUUACAAAAUACACUGGGUUCCAAAUUAUUAUGCAAAUGAUAUCUUUCUCUGGUUUUCCUAAUUUGUCGAUGCAAAUGACAGUCAGUAUAAUUUUCAAGUAAUCAACAGUUAGGGUACAUUUGGAAUUUUAUGGAACAAACCUCCCACUGACAACAGUAUUUAUUUAAAAAAUGAAAAACUCAAAAUGCACUGUUCCAAAUUAUUAUGCACAACAGAGUUUGAAAACAUUUCAUAGGUUGUAAAAAACUGAAAAUGGUCAUUUGUUGAAUUUGCAGCAUUAGGAGGUCAUAUUUACUGAAAUCAAAAGCUAUUUCAAUCAAAAACAUCCUAACAGGGCAAGUUACAUGUUAACAUAGGACCCCUUCUUUGAUAUCACCUUCACAAUUCUUGCAUCCAUUGAACUUGUGAGU